AUGGGAGCCCUCGGCUCGGCCUCGGUCUUGUACGGCUUCUUUGCUGUCAGCACCAGCGAUCUCAUGAAACGAACCAUCUUCGGGCUCCAGUCAUGGCAGCUCAUGAUCAGCGGAGGAUACGCUCUCUUCUUCUGCGCAAACCUGAUCCCCGGCCGCCUCGACACUGUGCUGGGGAGGCCCAAGAGGACGGACUUGCGCUUCUUCACGCCUGCUGGGUUCGCGUUCGCCAUCUGGGCUCCGAUCUUCCUCGGGGAGAUGCUCAUGAUGUUCUCCGUGCUCAUGCCGGAUUCUCUUCGCUCUCCUGGCUCGGGUUGGCUCGAGGCGAUGGCCCCGUCCUAUGCAGCUGCUUCUGUCGCACAGGCGCUAUGGUGCCUUGCAUUCCGACCAUGGGCGUUGAAGUAUCAGUGGAUUCCCGCAUCUCUCCUCACCAUCGCUGCACUUGCUCUGUUCGAGUCUCACAGACAUGUCGCGUCUUCCUACUCCAUGUCUGGUGCAGCUUCCCUCUGGAGCUUGUUUGCCUGCAGGAUCCCUGUCGCCCUCCAUUUCGGGUGGAUCACUGCGGCUGCGGCUCUGAGCUGGAAUGGACAGCUUGCCUCCAUGGGCUCGAGCAUUCCCAUCCGCAUCACUAGCGCAACGCUCUCAUGCUAUGCAGCAGCAGCGUUUCUGGGUGUGACUUCCAUCGUUCGUGGGGAUGGCUGGCCUGCCGCGACAGCAGCGUGGGCGCUGUAUGCAGUCAGCAAGGGCCACGAGGUUCUCCGAGGUGCAGUGGACAACGCAGCUAUCGAUGCUCUGAACCUCGCAGCUCUUCUCUCCUCCUCCGCCUCGCUCGCCAUGGCUGUUUUCACCUGGGCCAUCCCCUUCUUCUCCUCCGGCAAGACCUGCGCCUGCGCCUGUGUUUGA